UUUCAGUUUUUCUUUUGAGAGAGAUUACUGACAGAAAGCACAAUGGUUGCUGGAAUGCUGAUGCCCCUGCGGGAGCUGAGGGCCAUCUAUGAGCUCCUGUUUAGAGAUGGUGUCAUGGUGGCCAAGAAGGACAAGAGGCCUCAGGCCAAGCACCCUGAGAUAGAAGGUGUCAGCAACCUUCAAGUAAUCCGUGCCAUGGGGUCUCUUAAGUCUCGGGGCUAUGUGAAAGAGACAUUCGCCUGGAGACAUUUCUACUGGUACUUGACCAAUGAGGGCAUUGUUUACCUGCGUGACUACCUCCGCCUGCCCCCUGAGAUUGUUCCUGCCUCCCUGCAGAGGAUCAGGAAGCCAGCUGCCACCCUUGCUGUUGCCCAUCGGGCUUCACGGGUCCAAUCUGUAGAAGGUCCUACAUCUUAUGUUCCUAAGCCAGGACGCAGGAGUGAAGCAGAAAGCCAAGAGUCUCUAGCUGAGCGUCAAGGCUACCGCCAUAAGAUGAUGGGUCCUGGAGAAAAAGAAAGCUACUCUGAUAGGACCCCCAGGUUUAGGGGUCGUCCACUGGCGGCAGAACCAGUCAGGUCAAAAGCAUCAUGGGAAAUGGAGGAGCAGCGUCAGCCUCUUUUUAGGAGGGGAAGAAGUGAGGCAGCAAUGAUGGAGGAGAGCAGGGUAAAAAGAAUCUCUCCUCCUGGUGUGAGCAGUGAGAAGCCAGUAACAGCAUCACAGGAGAGAAAAGUGUCUGAAGUCCAAAAGGAGAAGGCGCCAAUGUCUGCUCAGAUUCCAAGAGCAGCAUUGAAACAGGAUGUGUCGCAGACCACUCUGACAUCAGUGUCCUCCAAUGCAGCCCUACCAUUAACUGUGGCUGCUGUCGCUGAGGCUACAGGUGCUGCAACAUCAAAGAUUCCAGCUGAACCUUCGACUGCCAAAACAAAUAAAGAUAAGCUCCAGAUCGCUGAUGAAAAAACUUCCAUGAAGCCUAAGCAAGUGGUAACAAGCAAUACAGCUUUCACAAUGCUUCCUGAAACAGCGGUCAGAGAGGAUAAGACAAUAAAGGUGAAUGUGGAUCCAAUUAAAUCUGCACAGAUCAUGGCUACAGCUGAAACUACGCAUGUAAAAUCCCAGCCAGUUAUCACAAAGGAUGCUGCUCAGGAAAUGUCUAAACUGCUUGCUGACACUGCCACCCCUGUCAUCACAAAACCUGCCAUUAAAAAUGUCAAGGAAGAGAAAACAAAAAUCAUGAUUGUGGAUGCAAUUCAGGCUGCAGAAAGCAAGGCUACAGCUGAUGUUAAAGUGAAGCCCCAGGAAGUUAUAACUGCAGCUAAUGAAACCUCCAGUCUUCUUAAUGACACAGCCACCGCCAACCCUCUUAUCAAACCUCCCAAUAAAGAUAUCAAAGAGGAUAAGAAAAAGGUGAUUGUGGAUUCAGUUAAAUCCACAGAGGUCAAGGCUACAGCUCAAACAGCAACUCAUAACAUGACAGCCGAGCCAGUUAUCUCAAAGGAUGUUGCUUGGGAAACCUCCAAACUCAUUGCUGACACUUCCACCCCUGUCAUCACAAAACCUGUCACUAAGGAUGUCAAGAAGGAGAAGAUGAAAAAGGUGAUUUUGGAUCCAGUUAAAUCUGCAGAGGUCAAGGCUGCAACUGAAACAGCCACUGAUACAAUGAAAGCCCAGCCAAUUAUCACAAAGGAUGCUGCUCAGGAAACCUCCAAACCCCUUGCUGACCCUGCCACUGCCACCUCCAUCCCUGCUAAUAAAGAUGUCAAUGAAGAGAAAACAAAAAAGGUGAUUGUGGAUCCAGUUAGAUCUGCGGACGUCAAGGCUGCUGCUCAGGAAACCCCCAGUCCUCUUACUGCCACUUCCACCCAUGUUGUCACAAAACCUGUUAGCAAAGAUGUCAAGGAAGAGAUGACAAUAGAGGUUAUUGUGGAUCCAGUUAAAUCUGCAGAGGCUACAGCUGAAAUGGCAACCUCCAAACUCAUUACUGUCACUUCCACCUCCGUCAUCACAAAAAAUGUCAAGGAAGAGAAGUGUAAGGGUGCAAAGGUUAACGAAGAAUCAAUUAAACCUGCAGAGGUGAUGACCCCAGUUGAAUCUAAAACAGAAAGAGCCAAGAAAACUGCUAAAGUAAUUGUCACUCAGGAGACCACCAAACCCCAACCUGAAAGUACCACCAGCGAGCCAGCAUCAUCCACUGAUGCAACAAAAGAGAUCUCUGUAGUUACUCAGGAGCCCACUGAUGCUAAAGUGACCUCAGUGAAUCUCUCAGCAAAGCCCGAGGAACCUAUUAUGAUGCCUGACUCCUCAGUACUUCAAGUUAAAACUACCAUUAGUACGGCAACUCUUCCAGCACCUGUGGCCCAUUCUAAAGAUGCAAAACCUAAAGGGGAAACUACAGUAACAGAGAUUGUUAUGAAACAGGAGAAAACAGAUGUAAAGGUAAUUUCUCAUGUCAAGAAAGAUGAUAAAAUAGUGCCAGAAGAGGCCCUUAAAGUCUCAGUACAGGGGCCCACAUUAGCACAAAAAGACUCACCUCAGCUCAAUGAAAAUGUGGUCACUACAGAGGUGGUUACGGAAACCAAACAAGUGGUUGAGGGAAGCUCUAAAUCAAAGAGAAAGAAAAAGAAAUCUCCAGGUGAGGUUUCCAAGAGUGUUGAGGAAGUACAUGAUUUGAAAUCGGAGAAGGAUAAACCCUGUAUCGACGAAACACAUGACAGGGUGGCUGAAAAACCUCUCCCUGAACACACUGAAAAUGAGCCAAUAAAGGAAGUCCCUAAACAAACUAAGGACCAGAAUAUUUCUGAAGUAGCAUCACUGCCAUUAGAUCAGAUCCCAACAGCGCCCCCUGUGAAGCUUUCAAAAGACACACAAGCAAAAGAGAAGUUUGAGGGCAGCAGUGUCAGCAAAAUAACACAUGGACCAUUAUGCUCUGAGGACAAGUUAAAUGCUGAAGUGCCCCACAUGGAGACAGUGAAAUCUGAGAAAAUUACUAAAGUGGAAACAGUGACGGUGCAGAAAAUAACUCAUGUGGAGUUAAUACAGGCAAGUCCUACAUCUGAAGGGAAAAGCCCUGCACCAGCGUCAGAAUCUCAGAAACCGACAGUUGAGGCUAAAUCCAUAAUAAACACGGGGAAAGCUGCAGAGGAAUCCUCAAAAGGGAAGAAGAAAGGUAAAGGCAAGAAGCAGGCCCCAGCAUCAGAUACCAUAAACACAAAGCCUGUAUUUUUGCCUGAAGCUGAACCAUUCCCUAACAUUACAUCAUUGCCCAAGGCCACAGUUAAAGACAGCGGUGUCACGACCUCUGAAAUGACUGAACUAAAUGUUUCACCAAAGACGACUCCUGAAAGAAUGUGCAGCGAGGAAACCAGGCAGGCAGCAGCUGUGCUCUGUGAGGCCCCGACAGACAAAGGGGAGGUGGAGCCAGCACUGCUCUCUGCAGAAAAAAUCAAGCGGGAGGUUCCGAAACCAAAAACAUCCUCCACUGCGAGGGAAGCACCCGCAGCCGGAGAAUCAGCGUCAGCAGCACCAGCGCUAACAGCACAGGCAGCUGUAGCUCCGGCUCAGGCCAGCCCCCUCGACAAGCAAGAGGAGCCUCCCAGAGUUGCACAACAUUCAGCCAGUCAGACAGCAGAGCGCAGCACAGAGAAAAGGCUCGCUGUUUCCGAGGCCGCAAAGCAGGAGCAAGAGAAGAAGAAGGACUUGGAAGAGGACACACCCUCUGCCACUGCCACACCCGCAACUGCUCAGCUUCACCUGGGGGACACCUGUGAGUCCGAAAGCCCAGACGCGGACGCCAUGAGGAAAAAAAUUGUAGUAGUUGAGGAGAUAGUUGAGGUGAAGCAGGUUAUUAGUCCCGAAGCAGGGGGGCAGCCACCUCCUCCACCUGUACUACCUGAGGAGGAGGAAGAACUGGACCUGGAUGUUCUGGAAGAAAUCGCCAUAGAGAGGGCACUUUUGGCAGCAGUGCCACCAGUCAGGGUGGAAGGAGUCUCACCUGAGGAGGACUGGGACCACUCACUGGAGGCGCCAGAGGAGAAGACAUGGCCUAACUUCGUUGAAGAUGAACGAGAUCGAGUACAGAAAAAGACCUUCACAAAAUGGGUGAACAAGCACUUGAUAAAGCAUCGGAGGGCAGAGGCGCAGCGUCACGUGACAGACCUGUAUGAAGACCUUCGAGAUGGACAUAACCUGAUCUCACUGUUGGAGGUCCUCUCUGGGGAAACACUGCCCAGAGAGAAAGGCCGUAUGCGAUUCCACAAACUGCAGAAUGUACAAAUAGCACUGGACUUCCUCAGACACCGGCAGGUCAAGCUGGUUAACAUUAGAAAUGAUGACAUAGCGGAUGGGAACCCCAAACUGACCCUGGGGUUAAUAUGGACCAUCAUCCUCCACUUCCAGAUCUCAGAUAUUCAGAUUAAUGGCCAAUCAGAGGACAUGACGGCCAAGGAGAAGCUGUUACUCUGGUCCCAGAGGAUGACGGACGGCUACCAAAACAUCCGCUGUGAUAACUUCUCCACCAGCUGGAGGGACGGCAAGCUCUUCAACGCUGUCAUACACAAACACUAUCCCCGACUCAUCGACAUGGGCAAAGUGUACCGACAGAGCAACCUGGAGAACCUGGAACAGGCCUUCAAUGUGGCAGAGAGAGACCUGGGAGUGACACGCCUGCUGGAUCCUGAGGAUGUUGAUGUCCCACACCCUGAUGAGAAGUCCAUCAUCACUUACGUUUCCUCCCUGUAUGAUGUCAUGCCUCGGGUUGAUGUACAUGACGGCGUCAGAACUAGCGAGCUGGAGCUGCGUUGGCAGGAGUACUACGAGCUGGUGACUCUUCUGCUCCAGUGGAUCCGCCACCAUGUCAUGAUCUUCGAGGAGAGAAAGUUCCCAGCCAGCUACGAGGAGAUAGAGCUUCUUUGGCGCCAGUUCUUGAAAUUCAAAGAGACCGAGCUGCCAGUGAAAGAGACCGACAAGAACCGGUCUAAACACAUCUACCAGUCCUUUGAGAGUGCCGUGCACGCUGGCCAGGUGAAGGUCCCUCCAGGUUACCAUCCCAUUGAUGUGGAGAAAGAAUGGGGUCGCCUUCAUGUGGCCAUCCUGGAGAGAGAGCGGCUGCUCAGGAUAGAGUUUGAAAGACUUGAGAGGCUCCAGAGAAUUGUCACCAAAGUCCAGAUGGAGUCGGGGGCGUGCGAUGACCAACUCAACCAUCUGGAGACUCUACUGCAGACGGAUAUUCGUCUGAUGAAUGCAGGGCAACCACCUAAGCACACAGCAGAGGUGGAGAGAGAGCUGGACAAGGCAGACAAUGUGAUUCGCCUGCUCUUCAACGAUGUGCAGGUACUCAAGGAUGGGCGCCACCCUCAGUCUGAACAGAUGUACCGCAGGGUUUACCGCAUCCAUGAGCGCCUGGUGAACCUGCGCAGCGAUUACAAUCUUCGCCUGAAGACCAGUGUGACAACCACCAAGGCUCCCAUCCAGCACACCACUAUUAAAGUGCGGCCCGAGAUGGAUGAUGUGACCCUUCGCUAUGUCAAAGACCUUCUGGCAUGGGUGGAGGAGAACCAACUUCGCAUUGAUGAGGCAGAGUGGGGCUCUGAUCUGCCCUCUGUGGAAUCUCAGCUGGGCAGCCACCGAGGCCUGCACCAAACUGUGGAGGACUUCCGAUCCAAGAUUGAGCGGGCCAAGACUGACGAGAGCCAGCUAUCUCCUGCCAGCAAGGGCGCAUACAGGGAAUACCUGGGUAAACUGGACCUUCAGUAUGGCAAACUACUGAACUCUUCCAAGUCCCGUCUGAGGAACUUGGAUUCACUCCACGCCUUCAUCAGCGCUGCCACUAAGGAACUGAUGUGGCUGAAUGACAAAGGAGAAGAGGUCAACUUUGACUGGAGUGACAGGAACACCAACAUGACUGCCAAGAAAGACAACUACUCGGGUCUCAUGAGAGAGCUGGAGCUGAGGGAGAAGAAAGUCAAUGAUAUCCAGGCCACGGGAGACAAACUUGUGAGGGAUGGACAUCCUGGCAAGAAGACAGUUGAGGCCUUUACAGCCGCCUUGCAGACUCAGUGGAGCUGGAUCCUCCAGUUGUGCUGCUGUAUUGAAGCUCACCUCAAAGAAAACACAGCCUACUACCAGUUCUUUGCCGAUGUCAAAGAGGCUCAGAACAAGAUGAAGAAAAUGCAGGAGAACAUGAAAAAGAAAUACAGCUGUGAUCGCUCCACUACAGCCACACGCCUGGAGGAUCUGCUGCAGGAUGCUGCGGAGGAGAAAGAACAGCUGAAUGAAUACAAGACCCUUGUGAAUGGCCUGAAUAAGAGAGCCAAGUCCAUCAUCCAGCUGAAACCACGCAACCCCACCACCUCCAUCAAAGGAAAGAUGCCCAUUCAGGCUGUGUGUGACUUCAAGCAACAGGAGAUCACCGUCCAUAAAGGAGAUGAAUGUGCACUCCUCAACAACUCACAGCCUUUCAAGUGGAAGGUCCUGAACCACUCCGGACACGAGGCGGUGGUGCCUUCUGUCUGCUUUAUGGUACCUCCAGUCAACAAGGAGGCUGUGGACAGUGUCGCCAGUCUGGAUGCAGGUCAACAGCAGAUGGUGAAUAUGUGGCAGACGCUUCAUAUUGACAUGAAGAGCUUGCUGUCAUGGCAGUAUCUGAUGAGAGACUUCACACAGAUUCGCACCUGGAACAUCAACAUGCUAAAGACCAUGAAACCAGAGGAGUACAGACUGUUGAUGAGGAACCUGGAGCUCCACUACCAGGACUACAUGCGCGACAGCCAGGACUCGCAGCUCUUUGGCCCCGAUGACCGUAUGCAAGUUGAGGAGGACUACAGCCAGUCAACCCAGCAUUUCGACAACCUGCUCCGCACCAUGGAGAAAGGUCAGCAGGAUGAGAGUCUGUGUAAGAACUACAUCUCAGAGAUCAAGGACCUGCGUCUGCGUAUCGAGGACUGUGAGGCCAAGACUGUGGCUCGCAUACGCAAACCUAUGGACAAGGAACCUCUGAAAGAAUGUGUUCAGAAGACAACAGACCAGAAGAAAUGCCAGGUGAAUCUUGAGGGCCUCAAAAAGGACCUGGAUAAAGUGUCUGUGAAGACACAACAGGUCCUGUCCUCCCCUCAGCAGUGUGCCUCAGCUCCUGUCCUGCGCUCAGAGCUUGACCUCACUGUGGAGAAGAUGGAUCAUGCCUACAUGCUGUCCUCGGUUUAUCUGGACAAGCUGAAGACUGUGGAAAUGGUCAUCCGUAACACAGCGGGUGCUGAGGGAGUUCUCAAACAAUAUGAGGACUGUCUGCGAGAUGUUCAGACCGUGCCCAGCGAUGUCAAAGAAGUAGAAGCUUACAGAACUACACUUAAGAAAAUGCGAGCUGAGGCUGAGGGUGAGCAGCCAGUGUUUGAUUCUCUGGAGGAAGAGCUGAAGAAGGCCACUGUAGUGAGUGACAAGAUGUCACGUGUGCACAACGAGCGUGACAUUGAGCUGGACCACUACCGCCAGCAGCUGUCUAAUCUUCAGGACCGCUGGAAGGCCGUUUUUACUCAGAUAGACAUCCGCCAGAGAGAGCUGGAUCAGCUCGGCCGCCAGCUAGGCUACUAUCGCGAGAGCUAUGAUUGGCUGAUUCGAUGGAUUAACGACGCCAAGCAAAGGCAGGAGAAGAUCCAGGCUGUGCCCAUCACUGACAGCAAAACUCUGAAAGAACAACUGGCGCAGGAGAAGAAACUGCUAGAGGAGAUUGAAAAUAACAAAGACAGAGUUGAUGAGUGUCAACAAUAUGCUAAGGCAUACAUUGAUACUAUCAAGGACUACGAACUCCAGCUGGUCGCCUACAAAGCUCACGUGGAUCCUCUUGCUUCUUCUCCUUUGAAGAAAACCAAAGUGGAUUCUGCUUCUGACAACAUUAUUCAGGAGUAUGUAACACUAAGGACCAAGUACAGUGAGCUGAUGACUCUGACUAGUCAGUACAUCAAGUUCAUCACCGACACGCAGCGCCGCCUGGAGGACGAGGAGAAAGCUGCAGAGAAACUCAAAGCUGAAGAGCAGAAAAAAAUGGCCAAGAUGCAGGCUGAGUUAGACAAACAGAAGCAGUUAGCCGAAGUUCAUGCAAAGGCCAUUGCCAAAGCUGAGAAAGAAGCUCAAGAGCUGAAGCUCAGAAUGCAGGAAGAAGUAAGCAAGAGAGAGGUUGCUGCUGUAGAUGCAGAAAAGCAAAAGCACAACAUCCAGCUGGAACUGCAUGAGCUCAAAAACCUCUCAGAGCAGCAGAUCAAAGACAAAACACAACAGGUGGAUGAAGCUCUUCAAAGCAGGAUCAAGAUUGAGGAGGAAAUCCGCCUCAUCAGGAUCCAACUUGACACAACAGUAAACCAAAAGGCUACAGCAGAAAAUGAGCUCGAGCAACUUCGUGACAGAGCAGCUGAAGCUGAGAAACUCAGAAAGGCCGCUCAAGAAGAAGCUGAGAAGCUCCGCAAACAAGUCAAUGAAGAGACCCAGAAAAAGCGCCUGGCAGAGGAGGAACUCAAACGCAAAUCUGAGGCAGAGAAAGAAGCUGCUAAGCAAAAGCAAAAAGCUCUUGAAGACCUUGAAAACCUCAAGAGGCAGGCAGAGGAAGCUGAAAGGCAAGUGAAGCAAGCUGAGAUUGAAAAAGAGAGGCAAAUCAUGGUUGCUCACGAGGCAGCACAGAAAAGUGCCGCAGCUCAGCUUCAGAGCAAACACCUUUCCUUUGUGGAAAAGACCUCCAAAUUGGAAGAAACACUCAAACAAGAGCACGGCGCUGUCCUUCAGCUACAAGAAGAAGCAGCCCGUCUCAAGAAACAACAGGAGGAUGCUAUAAAUGCUAGAGAAGAGGCAGAAAAAGAGCUUGAGAAAUGGAGGCAAAAAGCCAAUGAGGCCCUCCGUCUACGACUCCAGGCUGAGGAAGAAGCUCACAAAAAGAGCCUUGCUCAAGAAGAUGCUGAGAAACAAAAGGAGGAGGCUGAACGUGAGGCUAAAAAGAGAGCCAAAGCCGAAGAUUCAGCCCUCAAGCAGAAAGAAAUGGCCGAGAAAGAACUUGAGAGGCAGAGGAAGGUAGCCGAGAGCACAGCCCAGCAGAAACUCACUGCAGAACAGGAACUGAUUCGACUUAGGGCGGACUUUGACAACGCAGAACAGCAGAGAUCACUCCUUGAAGAUGAACUUUACCGCUUAAAAAAUGAAGUUGUUGCAGCCCAGCAACAAAGGAAACAGCUUGAGGAUGAACUGGCCAAAGUCAGGAGUGAAAUGGAUGUACUUAUUCAGCUUAAGACCAAGGCAGAGAAGGAGACCAUGUCAAACACAGAGAAGAGCAAACAACUUCUUGAGGCCGAGGCCGCCAAGAUGAGGGAUGUGGCUGAGGAAGCAAGCAAGCUCAGAGCCAUCGCAGAAGAGGCCAAGCAUCAGAGGCAAGUUGCUGAGGAAGAGGCAGCUCGUCAGAGAGCAGAGGCUGAGAGGAUUCUCAAAGAGAAGCUGGCUGCAAUCAGCGAGGCCACUCGUUUAAAAACAGAGGCUGAAAUUGCCCUCAAAGAGAAGGAGGCAGAAAACGAAAGACUCCGGCGGCAAGCUGAGGAUGAGACUUACCAGAGGAAAGCUCUUGAAGACCAGGCUAACCAGCACAAGCAAGAGAUUGAGGAAAAGAUUAUCCUACUGAAAAAAUCAUCUGAGGCUGAAAUGGAUAGACAAAAGGCAAUAGUUGAAGACACACUUAAACAAAGGCGAGUUGUUGAAGAAGAAAUACGAAUUCUUAAACUCAACUUUGAAAAGGCUUCAUCUGGAAAACUUGAUCUGGAGCUAGAACUGAACAAACUGAAAAACAUUGCAGAGGAAACUCAACAAAGCAAACUCAGAGCAGAGGAGGAGGCAGAGAAACUAAGGCAGCUUGCCCUUGAGGAGGAGAGGAGGAGGAGGGAAGCAGAGGAGAAGGUUAAGAAGAUUGCCGCUGCUGAGGAAGAGGCAGCCAGACAACGCAUGGCAGCCCAAGAAGAGCUUGAUCGUCUGAAAAAGAAAGCAGAAGAAGCCAGAAGACAGAAAGAUGAAGCCGACGUUGAAGCAGAAAAACAGAUUGUUGCAGCCCAACAAGCAGCCCUGAAAUGCAGUGCAGCUGAACAGCAAGUCCAAAGCGUCCUUGCUCAACAAAAGGAAGAUAGCAUCAUGCAGAAAAAGCUAAAAGAAGAGUUCGAGAAAGCCAAGAAGCUUGCCAAAGAGGCAGAGGCUGCUAAGGAGAAGGCAGAGAGGGAGGCAGCUCUCCUUCGUCAACAAGCAGAGGAAGCAGAACGACAGAAGGCAGCUGCUGAGCAAGAAGCUGCAAACCAAGCGAAAGCUCAGGAGGAUGCCGAGAGGUUGAGGAAGGAGGCUGAGUUUGAAGCUGCUAAACUAGCUCAAGCAGAAGCUUCAGCACUCAAGCAGAAACAACAAGCCGAUGCUGAAAUGGCAAAGCACAAAAAACUGGCAGAACAAACACUGAAACAGAAGUUCCAAGUGGAGCAAGAGCUCACAAAGGUUAAACUUAAGCUUGAUGACACUGACAAACAGAAAUCUCUCCUGGAUGAAGAGCUGCAGCGCUUGAAGGAUGAGGUCGAUGAUGCUGUCAAACAGAGGGGCCAGGUGGAGGAGGAGCUGUUCAAAGUCAAGGUUCAGAUGGAGGAACUACUCAAACUGAAAAACAAAAUUGAGGAGGAAAAUCAGCGCCUCAUAAAGAAGGACAAAGACAACACACAGAAAUUCCUCGCAGAGGAGGCUGAAAAUAUGAAAAGGCUUGCAGAGGAUGCUGCUAGACUUAGUGUUGAAUCCCAAGAGGCUGCCCGCUUGAGACAGAUUGCAGAAGACAACCUCAAUCAACAACGAGCUCUUGCAGAUAAAAUGCUCAAAGAGAAAAUGCAGGCCAUUCAAGAGGCAUCUAGACUUAGAGCUGAGGCAGAGAUGCUCCAAAGACAGAAGGACUUGGCUCAGGAGCAGGCGCAAAAACUGCUGGAGGAUAAACAACUCAUGCAACAGCGACUGGAAGAGGAAACAGAGGAAUACCAGAAGUCACUUGAAGCAGAGAGGAAAAGGCAAUUGGAGAUCGUAGCUGAAGCUGAAAAACUCAAACUUCAGGUUUCUCAGCUAAGUGACGCCCAGGCCAAAGCUCAAGAGGAAGCUAAAAAAUUCAAGAAACAAGCCGAUCAGAUUGCUGCCCGUCUUCAUGAGACUGAAAUAGCCACCAAAGAAAAAAUGACGGCAGUGGAAAAACUGGAAGUCGAGAGACUAAAUACCAGCAAAGAGGCUGGUGAUUUACGCCAAGCAAUCGCAGACCUAGAGAAGGAGAAGGCUAGACUGAAAAAAGAAGCAGAAGAACUUCAAAAUAAGUCUAAAGAGAUGGCUGAUGCACAGCAGAAACAAAUCGAGCAUGAGAAGACAGUCCUUCAGCAGACAUUCCUGACAGAAAAGGAGAUGCUUCUGAAGAAGGAGAAGCUGAUUGAAGAUGAGAAAAAGAAGCUUGAGAGCCAGUUUGAAGAGGAAGUUAAGAAGGCCAAAGCUCUCAAAGAUGAACAGGAACGCCAGAGACAGCAGAUGGAGGAGGAAAAGAGGAAACUCCACGCUACUAUGGAUGAAGCCCUCAGUAAACAAAAAGAGGCUGAGCAAGAGAUGCUAAAUAAGCAAAAGGAAAUGCAGGAACUAGAGAGGAAGAGACUAGAACAGGAAAGGAUUCUUGCAGAAGAGAACCAGAAAUUGCGUGACAAGCUGCAGCAGCUUGAAGAAGCACAGAAGAAGAAAGUUCCUGACAAAGAGACCAUCCAUGUAACAACGGCUGUGACAACUGAAACAGUUUACAAUGGUCAAAAUGCCAGUGAGGUAGGAGACAGUGUGGAUAAGAAACCUGACCCCUUGUCUUUUGAUGGCAUACGUGAAAAAGUACCUGCAAGCAGACUUCAUGAUGUUGGCCUUCUGUCCAAGAAGGACUUUGACAAACUGAAAAAAGGCAAAACCACUGUUCAAGAGCUUUGUGAGACUGAAGCACUUAAAAGAACUCUUAAAGGAAAGAACUGCAUUGCUGGUGUUUUGACACCAUCUAAUCAAAAAAUGUCAAUAUACCAAGCAUCAAAAGAGAAAAAGAUUACUCCAGGCACAGCUAUGAUCCUCCUUGAAGCACAGGCAGCCACUGGUUACAUGUUAGACCCUGUCAAGAACCAGAAACUUUCUGUUAAUGAGGCUGUCAAGGAAGGUGUGAUAGGCCCUGAACUGCACAACAAAAUGCUUUUAGCAGAGAGAGCAGUCAUCGGCUACAAAGAUCCAUACACUGGUGGGAAGAUCUCUGUGUUUGAAGCUAUGAAGAAGGGUCUGAUAGAACAUGAUCAUGCUAUAAGGAUCCUUGAGGCUCAGCUUGCAAGUGGUGGUAUUGUUGACCCUAUCAAUAGUCACCGGGUACCCAAUGAAACAGCCUACAAACAGGGACAGUACGAUGCUGAGAUGAACAAGGUCAUGGAAAAACCAUCAGAUGACACAAAGGGAUACUUUGACCCCAGCACACAGGAGCCUUUGACCUAUGCUGAACUGAUGGAGAGAUGCACCAGUGACCCUGACACCAGUAUGCUACUCCUGCCAAUCACAGACAAAGCUGCUCAGUGCUCAAGUAUAUACACAGAGGAAGAGACUAAAGAUGUGUUCAGCAAAACAACUGUGUCUGUGCCAUUUGGACGGUUCAAGGGAAAGACUGUCACCAUUUGGGAAAUUAUCAAUUCUGAGUACUUCACUGAGGACCAAAAGAAGGACCUUCUCCGUCAGUACAAGACAGGAAAAAUCACAAUCGAAAAAAUCAUUAAGAUUGUGAUUACUGUUGCUGAGGACAAAGAGAAGAAGAAUGAAAUUACCUUUGAUGGUCUGAGAGCACCAGUCCCUGCCAAAGAACUCAUGGAAUCCAAAAUCAUUGAUAAAGACCUCUACAACAAAUUGCACAAGGGCAAUAAGACAGUCAAAGAGGUGUCUGAAAUGGAGCCUGUCCACAAAGCAUUGAAGGGUACAAACUGUAUUGCAGGUGUAGUUAUCGAUUCAUCCAAGGAGACAAUGUCCUUCUAUCAAGCCAUGAAGAAAGACAUGAUGAGAGCAGAUCCCGCACUGCAUAUGCUUGAAGCCCAAGCAGGAACAGGCUAUGUAGUUGACCCUGUUCAUAAUCAGAAGUACACUGUUGAUGAAGCUGUCAAAGCAGGUGUUGUUGGUCCUGAGCUGCAUGAAAAACUCCUGUCUGCAGAGCGAGCUGUUACAGGUUACAAAGAUCCUUACACUGGAAAGACUGUGUCUUUGUUCCAGGCAAUGAAAAAGGAUCUCAUACCUAAAGAACAAGGAAUACGACUCCUUGAUGCCCAAAUGACCACUGGUGGCAUCAUUGAUCCAGUAAAGAGCCAUCACAUUCCUCAUGAUGUGGCCUGCAAGAGAAAUUAUUUUGAUGAUGAAAUGAAACAGAUUCUCAACAGUCCUACUGAUGAAACUAAGUGCUUCUAUGACCCCAACACAAAAGAAAAUGUCACAUACUCAGAGCUCUUCAAGAGAUGUGUCACUGACAAGAAGACUGGUCUCCCACUCCUGCCUCUUUCUGAUGAAGCAAUCAAUGCAAAGGAGGAGCCAACAUAUACUGAUGCCCAGACAAAAGAGGCUAUGACUCAGGCAACUGUGGAGCUUGACUCUGGACCAUUUAAGGGCAGAAAGAUGACCAUCUGGGACAUCAUCAAUUCUGAAUAUCUCAGUGAGGAACAAAGGCUCGACCUGCUCAGACAGUUUAGGUCAGGAAAGGUUACAAUUGAAAAGAUAAUCAAGAUUGUCAUCACAAUUGUAGAUGAGAAAGAGGCCAAGAAACAAGAACAGUCCAGCUUCAAGGGACUUAGAGCUCCUGUUCCAGCAAGUUCUCUGUAUGAUUCAAAUAUCAUUGACAAACCAACCUUUGACCUGCUUCAACAAGGCAAAACAACACCUAAACAGGUCAGUGAGAACCCCAAUGUCAAUAAAUACCUCCAGGGUUCUGAUAGCAUCGCUGGCAUCUAUCUGGAGCCAACGAAAGAGAAAAUUAGCAUUUAUCAGGCUAUGAAGAAAAAGCUCCUCAGGCAUGACACAGGUCUUUCACUUCUUGAGGCUCAGGCUGCCACUGGGUUCCUUGUAGAUCCAGUGAAGAACCAGUGCCUGACCGUUGAUGAGGCAGUGAAGUCCAGGCUUGUUGGUCCAGAGCUACAUGAAAAACUUCUCUCUGCAGAAAAAGCUGUCACUGGCUAUAAAGAUCCAUUCACGGGCAACAAAAUCUCCCUCUUUGAAGCAGUGCAAAAAGAUCUCAUCCCCAAAGAGCACGCCAUGCCACUGAUAGAGGCACAGAUGGUUAGUGGAGGAAUCAUUGACCCUGUAAACAGCCACCGCGUCCCAACCGAGGUUGCAUAUCAGAAGAAAAUUUUCAGCAAAGAAACUGCUAAGACUCUAUCUGAACCAUCUGAUGAUAACAAGGCUUUCUCAGACCCAGAAACAGAUGAUAAAGCUACCUACAGACAGCUUAAAGACAAGUGCCAUAAAGAUCCAGAGACAGGCCUGUACAUCCUUCCGCUCUCCAAGCCACAGUCUCCAACUGUUGUGGAGAAGACAUACCUCUACACAGAGGAACAAACACAGAGUGACUUGGCCAGCACCCAGAUUGACAUUCCAAUUGAGGGCCUUGCUGAUAAACCAGUAAACCUCUGGGAAAUCAUGAACUCAAAUUUGCUUCCAGAGCAAGAGAGGCAAAAGCUCAUGGAUGAAUAUCGCUCUGGUAAAAUCACUAAAGAGCGUAUGAUCAUUAUUAUUAUUGAGAUCAUGGAACAGAGAGAGAUCAUCAGAAACGAUAGUCCGCUGUCAUAUAAGACUAUAAGGAGAAGGAUAACUAUUGAGGAGCUCUACAAUGCCCGCAUCAUUGACUUGGAGACAUACAACCUCCUCAAACAGGGCAAGAGGGACAUCCGUGACGUAAUGGAGAUGACCAGUGUGAAACAGUACCUCUAUGGCACAGGCUGUGUUGCUGGGGUCACAACAGACUCAAGCUCAAAGUUAAGCAUAUACCAAGCCAUGAAGAGAGGCUUCCUUCAACCAGAUGUAGCCCUCAGCCUCCUAGAAGCACAAGCUGCUACAGGAUUCAUUGUUGAUCCAAUUAAAAAUGAAACACUCACAGUUGAUGAAGCUGUGCGUAAGGGUGUUGUUGGCCCUGAGAUCCAUGAUAAACUUCUGUCAGCUGAGAGAGCAGUCACAGGAUACAAAGAUCCAUACAGUGGUAAAAUUAUAUCUCUUUUCCAGGCCAUGAAAAAGGAUCUUGUUCCAGAGGAUUAUGCUUUGAAAAUGUUAGAGGCACAAACUGCCACUGGUGGUAUUAUUGAUCCUGAAUUCCAGUUCCACCUGCCAGAGGACAUUGCCACGCAAAGAGGUUACAUCAACAAGGAAACCAACGAGAAGCUGACUGACAGUGUUAAAGGAUUUGUUGAUCCUGUCACUAAAGAGGACCUGUCAUAUGCACAGCUCCUCAAGAGAUGCAAGUUAGAUGGUGGGUUGCGCCUACUCUCCCUGGGAGACAAGAGGCUGAUGUUCAAGGGUCUGAGGAAACAAAUCACAAUGGAGGAGCUACUCUGCUCACAAAUUAUUGACCAGAAUACUGUCACUGCACUAAAUGAAGGUCUUAUUUCAGUGGAGGAGGUUGCCCAUCAACUAUCUAGGUACCUUGAGGGCACAAGCUGUAUUGCAGGUGUAUUUUUAGAGUCCACAAAGGAGCGUCUAUCCAUUUACCAGGCCAUGAAGAAGAACAUGAUUAGGCCAGGCACAGCAUUUGAACUCCUUGAGGCACAAGCAUCCACAGGAUAUGUUAUUGACCCAAUCAAAAACCUUAAACUGACUGUUAGUGAAGCAGUGAAAAUGGGAAUUGUAGGACCUGAAUUCAAAGACAAGCUCCUCUCUGCUGAGCGUGCAGUAACAGGGUAUAGAGAUCCCUAUUCAGGCAAGACAAUCUCCCUGUUCCAGGCCAUGCAAAAGGGGCUCAUCUUGAAAGAUCAUGGUAUCCGUCUCCUGGAAGCCCAGAUUGCUACAGGUGGAAUCAUUGACCCAGAGGAAAGUCACCGUCUGCCAGUUGAGGUGGCCUAUAAACGUGGCUUCUUUGAUGAGGAAAUGAAUGAGAUCUUGACAGAUCCAUCAGAUGACACCAAAGGCUUCUUUGAUCCCAACACUGAGGAAAACCUAACCUACCUUCAGCUCAUGGAGAGGUGCAUCACUGAUCCCGAAACUGGCCUGGUGCUCCUGUUACUGAAAGAAAAGAAGCGGGAAAGAAAGACCUCCUCCAAGUCCUCAGUUCGUAAACGCAGAGUUGUCAUUGUAGAUCCCGAGACUGGCAAAGAGAUGACUGUGUAUGAGGCCUACAGAAAGGGGCUUAUUGAUCACCAAACCUACCUGGAGCUUGCUGAGCAAGAGUGUGAAUGGGAGGAGAUCACAAUGACUUCCUCUGAUGGUACUGUCAAAUCCAUUAUCAUUGACAGGAGGUCAGGGAGACAGUAUGAUGUUGAUGAUGCUCUUGCACGUGGCCUCAUUGACCAGAAAGCCCUUGAUACAUACCGAUCUGGAAACUUAGCUAUCACAGAAUUUGCCGAUAUGCUUUCUGGAAGUAUGGGAGGCUUUCGCUCACGCUCAUCCUCAUUCGGUUCCACUACUGGUUCCACCUACUCUUCUCCCAUGAGCCCCAUACCCACCAUUAAACCACCUGCAGUCAUAUGGAAUGACCCAACAGAGGAGACUUGCCCCAUAGCUGGAAUAUUGGACAUAGAUACACUGGAGAAGGUGUCUGUCACCGAGGCCAUACACAGAAACCUGGUAGACAACAUCACUGGUCAAAGACUGUUGGAGGCCCAAGCCUGCACAGGAGGAAUAAUUGACCCCUCAACUGGAGAGAGAUUCCCAGUCAGUGAAGCUACAGAAAAAGGCCUUGUGGACAAAGUCAUGGUUGAUCGCCUCAACCUGGCUCAAAAAGCAUUCAAAGGAUUUGAAGACCCCAGAACAAAAGAAAAGAUGUCUGCCUCACAGGCACUCAAGAAAGGCUGGUUAUAUUAUGAGGCUGGGCAGCGUUUCCUAGAGGUCCAAUAUUUGACUGGUGGACUUAUUGAGCCUGAUGUUGAGGGCAGAGUGUCACUAGACGAAUCCAUCAGGAAGGGUACAAUCGAUGCCCGCACUGCCCAAAAACUGAGAGAUGCUGGUGCUUAUUCCAAGUAUCUAACAUGUCCAAAAACCAAAUUGAAAAUCUCCUUCAAAGAUGCCAUGGACAAAAGCAUGGUUGAGGAAGGAUCUGGCCUGAGGCUUCUCGAAGCCUCCUCACAAUCCAGCAAAGGCCUCUACAGUCCCUACAAUGCCAGUGGCCCUGGAUCUGCCUAUGGCUCCCGGACUGGCUCAAGGACCGGAUCCCGUUCAGGCUCCAGGAGAGGCAGCAUUGAUGCUGGCUCUGGCUUCAGCAUGAGCUUCUCAUCCUCCUCCUACACAUCCUCUUCAACUGGCUACAGCCGCAGAUUCUGAUUAGCUAGUUCUGUUAGCUAGUCACUGGCCCAAGUGUCUAAGAACCAACAAUACUAAUGCACUUUACAGUUGCAUUUUUCACAGGAAAAAAUAGUUACAGUAACAGAGAAAAUGUAAUUUAUUUAUUCUGCCCUGCAUGUGGUCACAUUAAGAGUUGCAUAGGCUAUCAGUUCUUUUCAUAUAUAUAACAGAAGUCUAACCAUGUGCCUCAUAUAUAGAGACAUAACCAAGCCUUGCUAGAUAUAUAAAAUAUUAUUUUUCUUUAGUAAUAAUUACCAGUCAGUUUAUAUUUUUCAAAGCAAAGCAUAACAUUUCUGCAGUUUUUAGAUGACUUUAUAGGUUUUGUUUUACACUUGUUAAAAAGUUGUAUACUUGUGCUUUCUGAAACUAAUAUAUACUGUAUGUAUGUCAAACAGAGAUAUUUUUCCAGUAUUCCUUUGAAAUUCAAGGAUAUUUGUCUAUUUUUAUCUUUUUCAACAGUCCUACUUAAUAAGAUACUGUAUGUCAACUUAGUUUGAGUGUUUUUAACAGAUUCUAAAAUACAUAGAUGCCUUCACAUUUCUGAAUAUUUGUAUAGAGUGUGGACAGAUUUUGUGUUAUGAUUUUAUGUUAAAUUUUGCCUGGGUAACUAAAUAAUAUACCCAGUAAGACUUGUGAGACACUACAAAAUGAGACACUACCAGAGACACUGAAAAGACAUACCAGAAUUAAAAUUAUGCAGACCAUUCUGAAACCAGUUUCACAUCUGUCAUUAUUUUAUACUUGUAUUUUGUGGUCUUGCAUCCUUUGGGUUCAUUACAUCAUUGCUUUACACACUCCAAGUUUUAGAUUCUUUAUGUUCGCCAUCAGUCAAGUGCUCCUGGUCAAUCCCAAGAUGAUGUCAGACUUGAUCCUGCACUCCCAUACAGACCUGCGUCCUGUUAUUUUAGUUCUUCGGUCUCAGCCCCCCGUAAUCCAACAUAUCAGCACAGAUACUCAGUUGGCUAGAGCAUACAAUCCCCUAAACUUGGAUGGAUUUGUGAGUCCAUGUCAUCCAGUUGCACAGAUUUGCCAUUGAGUUUUUUGUUUCUUCCAUUUGUCAUCACAUUUGAAGAAAACUGAGGCUGCAUCAAACUUGACAUCAUCUCGGGAUGCCUUUCCAGGAACAUUUCUUCAUUCAUGACCUUUUUUUCAUAUAUUUAUUACUUGAAUGCUAAUAGUGAUAUUUAUGUCAUCAUAUCCUGACUUUUUAAGACAACACUCCCAAAACAUACACACAUCCGUAUGUUUAUUCCUUCAUUUAAAUUGGAAUUAACUUAAGUAGCACAUCUUCAUUUAGCUGCUGUAUCAUGUCUCUGUAAAUUCAGUCCAACCAAAGCACCAAAAAAAUACAUUUUGAGAAUUGAUAAAGAACCACAUUGCAUGAAUGUAUGUAUUAUAUCAGAUUAACUAACUUCAGUUGACUUUUUGCAAACAGAAAGUUUUGGCUUUAUUUUGCUUAGUUAUUUUUAUGCAGCCAGCAUUUCUGUUAUGUAUCUCUUAAGUGUUUUGCGUCUGUAAAUCUUUCUGUUUUUGUUUUCAUCAAGUUUUUGAUAUAUCAUGAAUUGCCUUGCAUGUUUUAAUAACCUUACAAAGGAUGAUAUGGGGGAACAUGUUAAUGUAAAAUAAAGACAACUGCACAAGUAGCUGUGCUGAUUUUAAUUUUAGCAAUAGAUCAAUUCACAAACUAACUAGUUUGUUUUGCAUAUGGGGCAGAUUUGGCUUUGAAUGUUGUGGUGAGUGGAUUCUGUUGUAUGAACAUGAACUAUGUUGUAAAUAAAUAUGCUCUGAAGAGGC